UCUAGUGGGAGUUCAACUAUAUAAAAGCCAACCACCAAAUCCGUGGUGCAUCGCAUCAUUAACCAGUGCAUCGGGAAUAUAAACAUAGUACACAUAGUUCACAGUCGACAUGAAACAAGUUUUGCUGGGUCUGGCCCUGCUGGGCCUGUCGACGUGCGCUAGACUAGACGGAGCCAAAUACUUGCCGCCCGGCCAGGGCGGUGGGUUUCCCGGAGGAGGUGGUGGUGCUGGAGGUUAUCAAGGCGGCGGUGGCGGAGGUCCCGGCGGAUAUCCAGGCGGCGGCGGAGGCGGAGGCUACUCUGGAGGAGGCGGUUACUCGGGUGGUGGAGGCUCUGGGGGUGCCGCCGGAGGAUAUCAAGGAGGUGCUGGAGGCCAAUACCAGGGAGGUGGAGGUGGAGGCGGCGGCGGCGGCGGACCCCAGAUCCCUAUCAUCCGCUACGAGAACAACCCGAACCAAGGCGAUGGCAGCUACAACUACCUCUACGAGACCGGCAACGGAAUCAACGCCCAGGAAGAGGGAGUCCAAAGGGACGGCACGGCAGCUCAGGGCUCCUUCUCCUACACCUCCCCUGACGGACAGCAGAUCCAGAUCUCGUACACCGCCGACGAGAACGGCUUCCAGCCGCAGGGCGCCCACCUGCCGACCGCGCCGCCAAUCCCGCCGGAAAUCCUCAAGGCCCUCGAGCAGAACGCCGCCGACGAAGCCCGCGGUGUAGUCGACGACGGGCAGUAUAGGGGUGAGGGUGCCGGAGGCUACGGAGGCGGCGGAGCCGGCGGUGCUGGUGGAUACGGAGGUGGUGGAGCCGGUGGUGCCGGAGGAUACGGAGGCGGCGGAGCCGGAGGUGCUGGUGGAUUCGGAGGCGGCGGAGCCGGUGGGUCUGGAGGAUAUGGAGGCGGCGGAGCCGGUGGACACGGCGGAGCUGGUGGGGGAGGUGGUGGUCCUCCGGGCACACAAUAUGGAACACCGUUCAGGGGUUCGCAGCAGCCGUUCAGGGCGCCAGGUGGUCCGUCCGGGUCUGGGACGUCGGGUGGCGCUGGUGGUUACAGAUAUUAA